UCCUCCCCUCUCGGCGCUGCUCCUUCCAGAAACCCCAGCGGAGGCCGGCUGCGCUCAGCGUGGACUCGGACUGGGCUGCGGGCUCCCGGCUCCGGCCCUCCCACGUCCGGUCCCCGUUCCCGUUCCCUCCCCACCGGCCUCCCCCGGCCGCCGCCCUCCGCCGCCGGGUGUGAAUGAAAGGCAGGCGCCGCCGGGGGCUGGCUGCAGGCGACGCGGCCUCGCGGGAGGCGCUUGCCCCGCGGAGAUGUACGGUGUGUGUGGCUGCUGCGGUGCCCUGCGCCCCAGGUACAAAAGGCUGGUUGACAACAUCUUCCCUGAGGAUCCUGAGGAUGGCCUGGUGAAGACAAACAUGGAGAAGCUGACCUUCUAUGCCCUCUCAGCUCCAGAAAAGCUAGAUCGGAUUGGCGCCUACCUCUCUGAGCGGCUCAUCCGUGACGUGGGCCGUCAUCGAUAUGGGUACGUGUGCAUUGCCAUGGAGGCGCUGGACCAGCUGCUCAUGGCCUGCCACUGCCAGAGCAUCAACCUCUUCGUGGAGAGUUUCCUCAAGAUGGUGGCCAAGCUGCUGGAGUCAGAGAAGCCCAACCUGCAGAUCCUCGGCACCAACUCGUUUGUGAAGUUUGCCAACAUCGAGGAGGACACCCCAUCCUAUCAUCGGAGCUAUGACUUCUUUGUGUCUCGCUUCAGUGAAAUGUGCCACUCCAGCCACGACGACUUGGAAAUCAAGACCAAGAUCCGAAUGUCAGGUAUCAAAGGUCUGCAAGGGGUGGUGAGGAAGACGGUGAAUGACGAAUUGCAGGCCAACAUCUGGGAUCCACAACACAUGGACAAGAUUGUCCCUUCGCUGCUUUUCAACCUGCAGCACGUAGAGGAGGCCGAGAGCCGGUCCCCCUCGCCCCUCCAAGCGCCAGAGAAGGAAAAGGAAAACCCGGCAGAGCUGGCUGAGAGGUGUCUUCGGGAACUGCUGGGCCGGGCUGCCUUUGGCAACAUCAAAAACGCGAUCAAGCCUGUUCUCAUCCAUCUGGAUAACCAUUCUCUUUGGGAACCAAAGGUGUUCGCCAUCCGUUGCUUUAAAAUCAUCAUGUACUCAAUUCAGCCGCAGCACUCCCACCUGGUAAUCCAGCAGCUCCUGGGUCACCUGGAUGCCAAUAGUCGCAGCGCGGCCACAGUGCGGGCGGGCAUCGUAGAGGUCCUGUCCGAAGCCGCGGUCAUCGCCGCCACCGGCUCCGUGGGGCCCACGGUGCUGGAGAUGUUUAACACUCUGCUGAGGCAGCUGAGGCUCAGCAUCGACUACGCCUUGACCGGGAGCUACGACGGAGCCAUCAGCCUGGGCACCAAGAUCAUCAAGGAACACGAAGAGCGCAUGUUCCAGGAGGCUGUCAUCAAGACCAUAGGCUCCUUUGCCAGCACGUUGCCCACUUAUCAGCGCUCUGAGGUGAUCCUUUUCAUCAUGAGCAAGGUCCCACUGCCUUCCCUGCAUCACCCCAUUGAGACCGGGAAGACAGGGGAGAACAGGAACCGGCUGACCCAGAUUAUGCUACUGAAAUCUCUCCUUCAGGUGUCCACAGGUUUCCAGUGCAACAACAUGAUGUCAGCACUGCCCAGUAACUUCCUUGAUCGCCUUCUCUCCACUGCCCUCAUGGAGGAUGCAGAGAUCCGUCUCUUCGUUCUAGAGAUUCUCAUCAGUUUCAUUGAUCGUCAUGGCAACCGCCACAAGUUCUCUUCCAUCAGUACCCUCAGUGACAUCUCUGUCUUGAAGCUGAAAGUGGACAAAUGCUCCCGACAGGACACCGUCUUUAUGAAGAAGCACUCCCAGCAGCUCUACAGACACAUCUACCUGAGCUGCAAGGAGGAAACGAACGUACAGAAGCACUACGAGGCACUCUAUAGCCUGCUGGUGCUUGUCAGCAUCGAGCUGGCCAACGAGGAAGUGCUGGUCGACCUCAUCCGCCUGGCGCUGGCUGUUCAGGACUUGGCCCAGGUCAAUGAAGAGAGCUUGCCUGUCUAUAACCGCUGUGCUCUCUAUGCACUGGGUGCAGCCUACCUGAACCUAAUCAGCCAGCUCACGACGGUGCCUGCCUUCUGCCAGCACAUCCAUGAGGUGAUAGAAACCAGGAAGAAAGAGGCCCCAUACAUGCUCCCUGAGGACGUGUUUGUGGAGAGGCCCAGGCUGUCUCAGAAUCUUGAUGAAGUAGUGAUUGAGUUCCUCUUCCGCCAGAGCAAAAUCAGUGAAGUCCUGGGGGGCAGUGGCUACAAUGCAGACAGGCUCUGCCUGCCCUACAUCCCUCAGCUGACAGAUGAGGAUCGCUUAUCCAAGAGGAAGAGCGUUGGAGAAACCAUUUCCCUGCAGGUGGAGGUGGAAUCCAGGAACAGCCCGGAGAAGGAGGAGCGCGUGCCUGCCGAGGAGAUCACCUAUGAGACUCUGAAGAAGGCCAUUGUGGACAGUGUGGCCGUCGAGGAGCAGGAGCGUGAACGGCGGCGGCAAGUGGUGGAAAAGUUCCAGAAGGCGCCCUUCGAGGAGAUUGCAGCACACUGCGGGGCCCGGGCAUCACUGCUGCAGAGCAAACUCAAUCAGAUCUUUGAAAUCACCAUCCGGCCCCCGCCAAGCCCAUCAGGAACCAUCACUGCAGCCUAUGGCCAGCCUCAGAACCACUCAAUCCCUGUCUAUGAGAUGAAGUUUCCGGAUCUGUGUGUCUACUGAAUUGCAAGAGAUGGAGCUCCUUGGAGGGGUGGGGUCUGAGGGAUAGGCUCGCCCUCACUCCCACCUCUACUACGUGGAACUCUAACUGGGGUCUCAGAAAAGGUCACCAUGGAUGGAAGCAUCUCCCCAGCUAAGCAAGAUGGAACCCCGGGUCCUUCCGCUUCCCUCUUGUCUUCCCUGAGGGGAUCGGCCACCUGCUCCUCUGGGACCAAUAAGCCUCUAAACUGCACCCUUUGUCUCCUCCUUUGUGUCAGCCAGGGGCCGAGAAGAGUGGGGGGUCUUCAGAGAAAGGCUGAGUUCCUGAGAAGCUCCUGCUUGGUGUAGCAAGCGAAAGACUUCCAUGGGGGUGGGACUAGGAAGGCACAGCUGCCAUUCCCCCAGGAGAGAACUAGUUGGAGACACAGUUGGUCAAAGGAAGCCGUGGACUGCAAUAGGGAGGAAGCAGUGGCUGUGAGAGCUGGGAGAUGGGGCGGCUGCUCUCCUCUAGAUCACCGUCUCCCUCUGGUCCCCAAGCCCUCAUGUCUCCGGUGUCUCUUCCACUCUCCUGCUGACCCUGCCAGUUGUCUCUUUAUGGUUCUUAAUAUUAUUAAUUGGUGUUGAGCCUUUAUAACAGGAGGUGAGGUAGAGACACCACAGGGGCAGCAAAGGAUGAAGUGAAGGGUAGGCAGCUGCUGAGGGAGGGGCUGGCUCUCCCCAGGUCAGGCCUGCCUCCUGCAGAGGAGCGGCAGGCGGAAGUGGGCAAGUCCAGGGCCUUCCGGAGCAUCUUCUCACCUCCUUUGGUCACAGGGAGCUUGUUUGGCCCUCCCAUGUUUCUCUCUCUUCUGGAUGUUUCUCUGAGUUGAGCUCUCUCCUUGAUGCCUGAGGAUCUCAACGCGUUUUUACAGCCUCUGGGUUGAAGGAGGGCAGAACAAGAUAAUCUGGUUCUAGAUGACCCAGAUGGAGGAGGAACUGCAGGGGCCCCAGGCCUGCCCACAUCGCCUCCUGGCCUGGCUGGGUUGGAGGGGGGUGCUGGGAAGGGAUGGUAGUCGGGGGAGGAGAACCUUGGGACUCAAGGAUGUCAGAAGUCAACCUUUUGGAUGUUUCAUUUGAGGAAAGAAGGAUCCAGCACCUGAUAAUGAAAUGACUUCUUCACUCUUUGGACAAAGUCUGGACAUAAGUGCCAACUGGAAAAGCUUAAGGCCUGGGGAGAGCGGUGGAGGCCUCUUUGGGUUCUGCAUGUCCCGAGUCCUGUCUGCCUGCGUGUAGAGGAGGAUCCAGGAGGCCGUUUGCUGCGCGCUCCACUUCCCCUGUCUCACCUCCUGGGGCCUUUGUGCCUCCAGAGCAUCCCUGACAGACCCUUACCUGAGUCUUCUCCUGGGACAGUGCCCUAUGGCCCCCAGUCACUUCCCUUCUCUUCCAGUGAAACUUCUGAGCUGAUAGAGCUCACAGUAAGCUGUAAAUGCCAAAUGAUGCUUUCCUAGAGAAUUUGCUUUUUAAAAAGAGGGAGGGUAAGUAGAUUUCUUGAUCCAAAGGAAUCCCUUUUAGGGCACAGUUUUAGGCAGUGUGGGGUGAUGUCAGGGCAGGCUGUUUCUGCUAAGGGGAUGGCAGACUUUUGGGGACACCUUGGGUCACACCCCUACAUGACCCUGCCCAGGUGCACAGUGAGGACAGAUAGGUGUAUUUUCCCAAACCAGGAGAACCUUCAUAUAUGCAUUUCCCUUUACAUGUGCAACGAUUUCUUGGGUAGGGGGCCGUCUGACCCUUGUCCCUGUAGUUUACCCCCUUGGUGGCUGCCUAUGUGCUGCGGGCCUUGUAGCUUCUGGAUGGCCUGCAUGCUUCUAGGGCCUAGGGGCCCAACUCCCGCCCCUCCCCAUGGAGUUUGGGUAAUGCUCAACCCAACAUUACAAACAUGAACUGAGAUUUCUCUUUACUUUAGUAUCUCUUUAUUAAGAAACCCAGUUUCAAUGAUUUGAAACAAACUUGAAGGCAGGUAACCUUGGGAAGAAAUGUUACAGAAAAUCUGAACCUUGAGCCACAAAUAUGUCUUUCCUCAUAGGAUCUAUCCAAUCUGUAUCUCCUGCUCAGCUUCGAUGAGAAACCCCAUUUCUUUCUUGUGCCUCCUUGACUUUAGGGUUCAACCCCACAGCAACUGCUCCCUGAGCACUGCCCUCGGGGCCCUGGUUCUGGGACGUGGGGGUGGUGGCCUUGGAGCCUCUUUCUAGAGCCAGCACUAGAAUCAGAGACCUGUAGGUCCACUAAGACAUCUCUCGCUCAUGCCCACGCUGGGAACAGAGCGAGGAAAAAGGUACAGAAUCCCAUCGUUCAUGCACUCAGCUGCUCUUUCCUCCGUAUCUGUCUGAAGCAGCUUUUUCUUUACAUCACAGCUACAUAGCAAAGACGUGUUCAUUUUGGAGAACUGGCCUUGUUUUUUUUUUGAGUGCCCUCUUCUCAGUUUCAAUUUAAAUGUAUUUAUACUCAGAAUAUUAGGUUGGCUGCUGACAGGAAGUAGAACCUGGAUUCUGGCCAAAUAUGCCCCAGAAUCAAAGUUUAAGGUAAGUGUUAACUCAAACAUAAUUCAAUGUUAAACUAAGCAGUCUCCUUCACCCCCACCCCCUGCCCCACCAGGAGUCCUGGGAAGAGAUACAAAGCAGAGUUUGGUGGGUGCCCAGGCCCUUGGCCUAGCAUCACUGCUUCCUGCCUUCUGAGCCCCGUAGCAUCUGACAGCACCGUCUUGUGACUGACCCUUUGUGCUACUCUUCUCUGUUGUGAUUUUUAGCCAGCAAGCCCAUCUAGGACAGCUGUUCCCAAAGCCCAGGACCCUUGCUUCAUGGGCAAGGGGUAGGGUUGGCUAGCACUCUGCUGACAGAACUUAAUAGAUGUGAAUGUAUAAUAUUUAAGAUUUGGAAAUUGUUUAAUUUUGUUGGGUCAUGUUAGUGCUAAGGAGCAGGUCAGCAGGAAGCACCAGUGUAAGGCUCCUCCUGUUUUCUUUGUAAUGGGGUUUUCAGUGCCGUGUGCCUGUUCCCAUUUUCCUCUCUGAAAAGUAGAAAUAAGUGGUUUCUUGACUCCUAAAUGCCUCCUCACCAGAGAAGGAACCCAAGCCGGGCAGAAGAACUAGGAAAGUCCUCACUCUCAACUGGCUUAAGAAUUAGAACGGUUGGGCCGGCUGAGUGGCUCAGUUGGUUAAGAGCUCGCUCAAGAGUGCAAGCUCUGAGCAACAGGAUCACCAGUUCAAUUCCCAGCCCAAGCUGAGCUAACAGGUGGCAGGAUGGCUCAGCUAAAAAAAAAAAAAAAGAAUUAGAAUGGCCUUGGGAUACCUUCGAAUGGCUCCAAGGCCAGAACUCUGGGCUUCUCUGGGGGCUCCUGGUCACGAUACAAUGAAUUAGGGCUCCCAGUUCCUAAUUCAUUGUCCCCAGGCCUUCUGACCUGGGUCCAGAGAGUUUCAUUGAGAAGUGAGGCUAUUUUUCCCAAUUCCUCUUCCUGACCAUAAAAUGGCAGUUGGCCAGGUUGGGGGCUGUGGGAAAGGACUGGUCCUGAGCUGUUGGGUUGAGUAUCCGUUUGAAGGUAGACAGGAAAUUAGCUCAUCUGGGCUGGCCACGCCUACUUCCCCUGACCCAUAGACCCUGGCAGGCAACCGAGCUGAAACAAGGCAUCUUCCUUACAUCUGGGGAGACGAUUUAGGGCAGUGUCUUCAUCAUCUCAUUAACCCUAGAAACCUUCUGGUUAAAUACCCCUUAUCCCAAAUCUGGCCAUGUCUGAAGACUGCAGAAGGAUGGUCGUCAUGGGCCUGGUCAGCUGGGGAAGUGGGAAGAAGACACAGGGUCUGUGACUGGAGCGCUGUGGGCUGUUGGGGUCAGAAGGCAGUUUUCUAUGCUCUCUUCUAGCACCAGCCACAUAGACCAGGACUUUUCUCCUUCAGGGGACCUUGGGGCCUCAUCACCUUCCCCUUUUGAGCUCUUGCUCCCUGGCACUUGAUUCUGGCCUGUGGAGUACAGAGCUAUAAAUCCACAAAUGCUGCAGACCAUACAUAAUAACAUGUCUGUAUCCAUUUAGACCUUCAUGACCUGGCUGAGAGUGUGUGUGCAUGUGUGUAAUAUAGUUCAUAGUUGACAAUAUCUGUAUAUAAUAGCUGACGUAUUUAUAUGGGAGUGCAGAUUUAGUGCCUGUGGAAGUUUUCUGUAUUUUAAACUCAUUGAGUCAAAUUAGUUUUAAGGAAGGGGAAAGAGGCGUGUAGGAAGAAGGACUCUUAGCAAGAUCAUUCUUUAGGACUAUUAGUUGUGAUUUCCCAGUGAGUCUUUAUGAUGCCCUUUUCAAAUAAAUGUUAAUGUUGUCACCA